AUGCUGCUGCAAUCUGCAUUUACUGUCUUUGUGCUUACGAUCCUCGAUGUGCUUGGUGUGGAAGCGGUGCGUCCCGUUCCUCAUGGUUUCGCCACUACGGAUGGGAUGCAGUUUCAAGUCGACGGAAAGCCUUUUAAUUUUGUUGGAGCAAAUUCCUACUGGCUCCCGCUUCUGACAACUCAACAUGAUGUCGAACUGACCUUUCAGGGGAUGCAGGAGCAAGGUAUCAAAGUAGUUCGGACGUGGGGAUUUAACGCAAUUAAUGAAACCGAGCUGGCGGGUGCUAAAGAAUCUGGGUUGACGUACUACCAAAUUUGGAAUAGUAGUCAAUGGGUGGGGAACGAUGAUCCGCAAGGCUUGGAAAGGCUGGAUAACGUGGUGAAGACAGCAGCUAAAUACGAUCUUCGCCUGAUCAUCACUUUCACCAAUAAUUGGUUGGCGUACGGUGGCUCAGACUUGUUCCUCAACUGGAUCGUAGGGCCGAACGUAACACACGACGUGUUCUUCACAAAUAGGGACGUGAUCGAUUCAUACCAGCGAUAUGUAAAGACGAUCGUAGAACGAUACAAAGACUCGCCUAUAAUUUUUGCUUGGGAACUUAUAAACGAGGCACGUUGUUUGAGUGAUACGAUCCCUGCCGGACCGAAUUGCGUUCCUGGAUCGAAUACACUUUUUAAUUGGUAUAAGGAGCAGAGUGAUUUCGUGAGGAGUCUGGACCCGAAUCAUAUGAUCACGACUGGUGGAGAAGGUCAUUUCUUCUGGAAGAACCCGCCUAUUAUCUGGACAGACGGCGUACCAUCAACAGACUAUAAUUUUAACGGCCAGGCUGGAGAAGACUUUGACCUCGAUCUUACCCUUCCGAACAUUGAUUUCGGUGUAUACCACUUGUAUCCUCAAGCCUGGUAUACCAACCUCGAUUUUCCCGGAUCCAACUUCACAGUACAGGACUGGGGUCUGGGAUGGAUUCAGGAUCAUGCCAACUCUGCAAAGAAAGCGAAGAAACCACUUAUCCUUGAAGAGUUUGGCAUAUCUGGAAUCGAUAACAAGACGUCUAUAUAUCCAGUAUGGGUCCAGCGAGCAUUGGAUACGAACCACGCCAUCAUGCCAUGGCAGUUUGGUCAGCUAGGCUUGACAGAGGACGGUGGGAACAGACCUAUCAAGUAUGGAGACAAGAUUCUGAAUGGCGCCUCUCCAAACGACGGAAAUACAAUCUAUCCAAACCAGACGCAGUUGGUCGAUAUCUUCGUUCGAGCGGCGAAGAUCCUGGAUGAGAGGAGUGGUUGA